AUGGAUCCUUCCGGUCCCGACACCAGCUCCGAGGGCCUCUUCGAGGGCAACCUCCCGCCCUCACCCUCGCCAGCUUCCAGGCACGUCUACCCGGCCUCACCCAAGGAUGUCACCGCCUCCUCCAACCUCGCCUUUCGUCCACCACCCAGGCCCGGCUCCUCUUUGCGCAAGGGCAGAAAGAGCGACUUCAACACCCCAGCCCCACCUCCGCUUCCCACGGCACCCAUGCCCAUCCAGCCCUUCGCCGACGCCACCAACUUCGGCUCGCAUUCCUCGCCCUCACGCUCGCUCGCCCGUUCCACCAGCGCAGCCGGCAUGAGCCGCAACGACUCGGAGAAUGGCGCCACCAUCGACCUCACGCGUCUCGUCCGCGAGCGCCUUCAGACCCUGCGCGAGGAAAACGAGAGCCAGGUCAACUCGGCCGGCCUCCUCGGUCAGGGUCUCCUCGAACUCCGCACCAAGAUCGAGUCCAUGAUGGACGAACUCGCAGAGGAGCUCAGCGCAGCCGAGGACCACUCCGAGGACAGCCACGGCGCAAAGGCGGGCAACGCCAGGAUCCGCGACCUCAGCGAGAGGAUCGACGCAGAGAUCCAAGAGCUCGAGCGCCAAAAGCACAAACUCUUCUCCGACAUCACCGUCCACUCCAUCGACAUGGCCAACGGCGACGUCGCACAACACUCCAUGCACAAUCUCGCAGAGACCCCGUCCAAAGCAACCCGAGUCGCAGACGCCAUCCGCAACCUCACCGCCACCCCAGCCAAGUCGCCCGCCGCUCCACAGACAGGCUCCACACCAAGGCAGGCCGACCGUCGCACCCGCAAUGCCGCCGCUCGCCAGGCAAAGGCCGACACCGACCUCAUCAACGAGAUCCAGGCCGGCCUCGUCCAAGAGGUGCGUCGUCUCCAGGGCCUCCUCAAGGAGCGCGACGAUCAGCGCGUCUCCCUCGAACGCUCCCACACCGAGCUCGAAAAACAGCUCGACCAGUACAAGCCUCGCGUCAUCCAGAUGACCGAGACCGAAGACGCGCUCAAGCAGGAAAACUGGGACCUCAACGUCGCAAAGCAGAACCUCGAGGAGCAGCUCUCCGACAUCAAGUCUUCCAUGAAAAAGGCAGAACUCGACAACGUCCGCCUCUCCAAGGAAGUCUCCAAGGCCCGCGAGACCGUCGAUGCUCAGCGCCUCCAGAUCGACGCACACGUCGCCGAGCUCGAGCGCCUCAACAAGGCGCGCGAGACCGAGGUCGCGCUCGCACGCAGGGAACGCGCCGGCAUGCAGCGCGACGUCUCGGACCUCCAGAGCGAGCUGCAAAAGUUCCGCACCCAGCAGCUCAACGACCGCGGCGGCGUCUCCCGCAGCGUUUCCAACAGCUUCAUGUCCGACAUCACGCACGACGACGCCAAUGGCGACGCCGACGCCCUCGCCGCACGCCUUCGCGCCGCCUCCGGCGAGGCACCCCGCUCGCCCGGCGACUCGAUCUACUCGGCCGACGGCGCCGUCCUCUCGCCUCUCGGAAACCGCUUGGGCCGCGACAAGGAGACGCAGGACCUACGAGCCAAGCUCGCCCUCGCACAGCGUAAGGCCGGCAAGGAUGCCGCCGAGAAGCGACGAGUGCGCGAGAAGAACGCAGAGCUCACAAAGCUCCUCGUCAAGGCGGGCGUCAAGGUGCCCCAGGGCCUCGACGACGAUGCCGAGACCAGCGAGGACGAGGAGCUGCAGUGGCUCGACGAAAACGACGCUCACAGCCCUUCGGCCAAGCGUCUCUCGCACCUCCGCGCCGGCCGUUCCGCCGCAUCGCUCAAACCGCGUCUCGGCCGCAAGAUGGGUCUGGUCAGCAGCACCUCGACCGACUCCAUCAUCGAGUAUGCCGAGUACGAAGACGACUCUCACAUCGGCUCGCCGGCUGGUCCGGAAGAUGCAUCGCCGUCGCGUGCCAGCCUUGAAGGCAUGGACCCGGCCUUCGCCGAUCUGGGUCGUGCCGACGCCGCCAACACGAGCAUCGACAGCAUGGAACCCGUCCGUGGCCAUCGCUCCCGGCUCUCCAUCGGCAGCAGCCCGCUCGCGCGCAACGCCAUGCUGCCCCACGAGUCCGACGGACAGGACAGCCCGUCGCAGCAACGCGCCCUGCCCAAGGGUGGCCGACGCAGUGGAGCCACCGUCCGCGCUACAUCCUCGGUGUACGAGCCCACCGCGCUCGGCAACGAACUCGGUGGUCUUGCCGCCGAGCUCGAGCAGGCGCAGAUGCGCGAUACGGCCGACAUCGACGUUCAGACCGACGACUUGCCCGAUCACGUGGCUUUGGCUCUUGCCAGGCGCGACCAAGAGCACUCCACCGUGCUCGAGUCGCUCCGCACCGAGCACGCCAGUAAGCUGUCGUCGCUCCAGGACGAGCACACGCAAGCGCUCGACCAGCUCAAGCAGACCCACGACAAGGCCGUGGGCGAGCUCACGGCUGCUCACGAGAAAGCGCUGGCCGACAAGGACCAAGAACACUCGGCCGCAAUGGAGGCAGCCUUGGCCGAGCGCAGCACCACACACGAGGCCGCCCUCGCCGAAGCGCGCUCGCGUCACUCGCGCGCGCUUGCGGAACAGGUCGCAGCAUCGAGCGCCGCUCUCGCUGCCGCUGUUGCGUCGCACAAGACGUCUACCGAGGACUUUGAACGCAAAGUCAGGGAGGAGAAGGAGCUCAAGGAGGCCUCUCACACUUUCGCCCUGACGCAGAAGGACCGUGCGCACAAGGAUGCGGUGAACGAGCUGCAGACAACUCACGCCGGUGUGCUCGAACGACUGCGCGAAGAGCACAGGCAACUGGUCGCCAUCCGCGAAAAAUCGCUCCAGGAGGUCGAUGCACAGCUCGCCGAACAGAAGCAGGCGCACACCGAUCUCGCCGCCUCGCACGAAGCUGCAGUAGCUGCCCUGCACGCGACCCAUCGCGACACCUUGGACGCGCGCGAGGCUGAGCUCGAGAGCAUCAAGAAAUCACUCGCCCAGCGCGACCAAGAGCUCGGCGCCGCCAAGCAGGAGAUCGUCGAGCUGCAGAACAGCAUCGCUGCGCUCCAAGCCGAGACGGCCGAGCUCAAGAAGCAGCUUGCCGAGUGGCAGCAGAAGCACACGUCUGCCGAGAAGGAGCUCGGCGCCGCCAAACAAGAGAUUGUAGAGCUGCAGAACAACACAACGGCGCUCAAGGCCGAGACGACCGAGCUCAAGACGCAACUUAACGAGUGGCAGCAGAAGCAUACCGCUGCCGAGAAGGAGCUCGGCACCGCCAAGCAGGAGAUCGUCACGCUGCAGAACACCACAACGGCGCUCAAGGCAGAGACGGCCGAUAUCAACAAGCAGCUCACCGAGUGGCAGCAGAAGCAUACCGCUGCCGAGAAGGAGCUCGGCACCGCCAAGCAAGAGGCGCUAGAGCUGCAGACCAGUAUCACGGGGCUCAAGGCCGAGACGGCCGAACUCAAGAAGCAGCUCGUCGAGUGGCAGCAAAAGCACACUGCUGCCGAGAGGGAGCUGUCCGAGGCCAAGUCGAACCUCGACGUGGUGAGCGACAAGGUGCGCAGGCACGAGGAGACGGCGCUCGAACUGGCGCGCCAGCGCGAAGCCGAGGCCACCGCAGCUGCUGCCGCCGUUGUGGCUCGUUCCGAGGCGCUGACUGCCACCGAGGCGCAGAAGGAGCAGCUCGAGGCCGCUCAUGCCGUGGCCAUCGCUCAGAAGGAGCGCGUGCACCAAGACGCCGUCAAGCAGCUCGAGGACCAGCAUGCCAAAACCGUCGCCCAGAUCCGUGCCGAGCACAAGCAGACGCUCGAGGGCCGCGACCAGACGCUGCAGACGCACCAGCAGCUCGUGGCUGACCGCGAGCGUGCUCUCGAAGAGCAGCGAUCCGAUGCACAGAAGGCGCAGGCUCAGGUGCAGUCGCUUCAACAGCUUGUGGCUGAAAGCGAGCGCGCACUCGAGCAGCAGCGAAGUGACGGCCAGAAGGCACAGGCUCAGGUGGAUUCUCUUCAACAGCUUGUGGCCGAGCGCGAGCGCGCACUUGAACAGCAGAAUGGCGACGCCCAGAAGGCGCAGGCCAAGGUCGAAUCGCUCGAGCAGCUCGUGGCCGACCGCGAGCGCGCGCUCGAGGAGCAGCGUGGCGUCGUACAAAAGUCACAGGCAGAGUUGCAGUCGCUACAGCAACUCGUGGCCGAACGCGAGCGGGCGCUGGAAGAGCAGCGCGGCGAGAUGCAAAAGGCGCAGGCCCAGGUGGUGACGCACGAGCAGCUGAUCGCUACGCUGCAAGCCGAGGCGAGUUCGGUGCAUCAGAACCGCUCGACGACCGAGGCGAAGCUCAAGGAAACAGAGACGGCGCACUCGACGCUGCAGAAGCAGCACGACGAAGCCAAGGCGAGCGUGGCAGCGCUGCAAUCCAAGGUGCGCUACCUGGAGUCUUCGAUCGCCGCUCAGCGCUCAUCGACCGAGCAGAACCGUCUCGCAUCGGACAAGGAGCUGCAGAUGGCGCAGUCGGCGCUCAACACGGCGCAGAAGAAGGUGCGCGAGCAGGAGGCGAGCCUCACAAAGGCCGAGGCGGCGGCUGCAGCUGCGUUUGCCGCCGUCGCCAAAGUCGAGACACAGCUCAAGACGACCGAGGCCCAGCUGCACGCUGCCGAAUCCGAGCUAGAGGAGCUUCGGGCCAAGAAUGAAGCAGCGGUCACCGACACCGAAAACGAGGCGGACGAUUUCAAGGAUGCCGUCGAGGCGAAUGAUGCUCCGGCCGCCAAGGCUGUCGAGGCCACGAUGCCUGCCAAGGAGGUCAAGGAUUCGUCGUGCCAGACCGACGAUGCUGCUUGGCUGCGAUUCCAGGAAGCGCAGCAGCGCAAGGUUGUACCCACCACCACUUCUUCGGCGACGCAGACCAGUGCGCCUUCGUCACCGCUGCAGCCUACGGACGAGAGCCUGGCGGCGCAGAACAACCUCGUGAUCCUGGGUGGGCUCAAGUCGGUCAACCGCCAGCGCGAUUCAGUGGGUACGUUUGGUGGCGAGCGCGCAUCGUCGCCGGCCACCAUGGUGUACAGCCCGGAUGCGCUGAGCACGCACAACCAGAGCCGCCGACCCUCGGCGGACUCGACGUGGUCUCGCCACGACCGCAAUGCAUGCGACAUUCCGCCUGUGCCGCCGCUGCCGGACAAGACCAAGGUGCCGCUCAUGUCGAUGCCACCGCCGCCCAGCAUGCCGCCUCCGUCGCUCAAGAGGGCGGUUGCACCGCCGCGCCCGACGUCACCGCCUCCCGCGGAUCUGCUGACUCGGGCGCAGCAGCGACACCUGCAAGUGCCUGCUGGCAGCGGAGAGCAGCCGAGGUCGGUGUCGCGUGCGUCGGGCCGCAGCGGCCCACCUCCGAGCGCGUACCCCGGAGCGAGCCGUGUGCGCCAGCAGAGCUCGGGGACGGGCAGCGUGCGAUCGCGCACGUACUCUGGCGAGACGUCGGCUUCGAUGCACGCGCAACCUCUGGACGGCAGCAUCUACAACACGCUGGCAUCGGGACGCAAGAGCAUCGGAUCGCGCAAGUCGGCGGCACGUCGACCUGCUGCGGGGCCACGCCAGUCGUCUGCGGCGUCGUUCGUGUCGGACGUAACGUCGGAGGUGAGCAGGCGGCUGUCGAUGAUGUCCUCGCGGGCGUCGGAGGCAGACGCAGGCGACGAGACGUUUGUGGUGCGCGGCCAGAACGGCGCCGGCAAGAUGCACGGGCAGCGCGGAUUGUCGGAGUUCGGUGCGGCCGACUCGACGGACCCGGCGAUCAUCCAUGCGAUCACGCAGACGAUGAUUGGCGAGUACAUGUUCAAGUACACGCGCAAGUCGAUGGGGCGCGGCGGGCAUUCGGACAAGCGCCACCGUCGCUACUUUUGGCUGCACCCGUACACCAAGAUGCUGUACUGGACGAUCAGCGAUCCAGGCGGAGCCAAAGUUUCGGAGGGCACGAGCAAGAGCGCGUCGAUCGAGAGCGUGCGGGUGGUGGAGGACAGCAACCCGAGCCCGCCAGGCCUGCAUCCGGAGAGCAUCAUCAUCACGACGGCGUCGCGCGAGGUCAAGAUCACGGCGCCGAACCGCGAGAGGCACGAGGCGUGGUUGGCGGCGCUCGAGUACCUGGUGCACCGGCCGACGAUGCAGGACGCGACGGUGAUCGCGUCGAAUGCGGCGCCGGAGCUGAUGAGCGAUGCGGAGAACGACCCGACGGUGCUGACGCGCAGCGUGGGGCGGCGUGCCAAGCCGCGUGCGUCUGCAGCGACGCUGGGGAGUGCGUCGGUGAACGGAAAGCGCCGGCUGUCGGCGCAGCGGAGCUUCUUGUCGAGGCGGUCGUCGGAGCAGGUGCUGCGGACCGAGUCUACGCCGCGACGACGUGGGAGCAGCAUCGGCGGGCAGAGCGUGCUGUACCCUUCGAUGGGCAAGCGACGGGAUGUGGCGGCCAAGGAGUGGCUGGAGCAGCACGAGCACGAGCGGGAGCUGGGCGUGUCGAUGAGCCCGAGCCAGAGCCUGCGAAGGGGCGUGUACUCUGCGAGCGUGCGGAGCGGCGAGGUGGGCGAGGAGAGCUACGAUCUGCUGGACCUGACGGCGACGCAAUCGCCGCUGCGCGGUGGGCUUGCGUCGGACGAUGCGCGUCUCAAGACGGCCGAGGAGAUGCUGGAGGAGGACGAGCCGGAAGAGUGGGAUGGGCUGACGAACGUGCGUGCGUGCUGCGACGGCAAGCACGACGUGGGCUCGCUGGCGCACGACCACUCGCACCAUCCUGGCGGCAGCUCGAGCCGCAAGUCGUCGCGUCUGCACCAGCGCGAGUCGAGCGGCGGAUCGCGGUUUGCGUCGCUGGGGCUCAAGUCGAAGCUGGACGCGGCGGUGCGUGCGGCCGAGGAGCGCGAACAGCAGCAGCAGCAGCAGCAGCAAGUGCCCCCGGUGCCUAGGUUGCCGGUGUCGUUGCUGCCGAAUGUGGCGGGGCUGGGCCGGGUGAUGGCGGAGCGGGAGAGCAUGGAGAGCGCCGCGUCGGUGAGCAUGCCUACGAACGCGGCGGGGGACAAGCUGCGUGUGGCCGAGACGAGCUUUGCGAGCGUGUUCGGAGGAGGCUCGGUGGACGGCAAUGCGCGGACGGCAGCGGGAACAGGUGGAUCGGGCACGGGUGGACCGAGCUACGGUGAGCGCAUUUCGCAGAUCCGCAAGGCGAGACAGUCGGGAGGGGAGCACGCAUGA